AUGUCCAAAGAUAAAUUAACAAUCGGUGCCAUUUUGUUCCCAGAAUAUGAUUUGUUAGAUGUAAAUGGUCCAUUACGCAUGUUUGGAGCAUUAGAAAAUGUAAACAUUCUCAUGAUUUCUCAACAUGGAGAUAAGAUAAAAUCCGGUUCUAAAAUUGGAAAUUAUACCGAAUAUAAUUUUGGAAAUUGUCCUGAAUUUGAUAUAUUAUUUGUCCCAGGCGGUAUGGGAACUAGAAAGGAAGUGAAUAAUCCUGUUCUCUUGGAAUUUAUUAAAAACCAAAUACCCAAAGUAAAAUACGUUUUAAUCGUAUGCACUGGUGCUGGAUUAGUUGCUAAAACUGGUUUAUUAGAUGGAAAAAAAGCUACCACAAAUAAACUUGCUUGGCAAUGGGUGACUUCUCAAGGACCAAAUGUUUUAUGGAAAAAGAAGGCUAGAUGGGUUGUAGAUGGAAAAAUUUAUACUUCCGCUGGAGUAUCUGCCGGAAUGGAUAUGGCACUUGGUUUUAUUUCUGAUGUAUAUGGAAGGAAGGUUGCUAAUGACGUAGCAUUAAAAACCGAAUACGACUGGCAUACCGAUCCUAAUUGGGAUCCAUUCGGUGAAAAAAUUUAG